CCAUCGCCAGGAAAUCGCCGUCCGCUCGGCUCGACGGCCCGGAAGGCUCCAUGGAGGCGCCGUGGAGCGGGGGAGACGGGCUCGUUUCGGCGAAACUGUGAAUCCUUCUGCGGCUCAUGGGUUAUCGGAGACCAGUUUGCGGGGAGUUUGGCCCAAAGCUACUCAGCAAGCUAAUGUUUGGCUGAUGCUCACCGACAGCGGAUGGCUCUGUCGGAGUUAGCUCCCGUCUGCGUGCGGAGCUGGUACGAAGAGACUUCUUGCCCGCACCCGUGGGUUGGACAAGACCAUGUGAGCCAGGCCAGACCCAGACACCGGACACUGCGAGCCACAGGUCCCAGGAAAAGAUCUCAGACGGACAGCUCCGCGGGAGAGUGAGAAGAAAUCACGUAAAAACCAUUCCGACACAGCAGAAUGGCUCUGCCAGUGGUGCUGGAGGUGAUCAAGGGUCCUCAGCGUCUUCCUGCAGAUGUGAAGUUAAAGGAAAUGUUGCAAGGGAAACUGCGCAUGAUGCAGGUUGACGGCACCAAGGUCAAUGCUCUAUUCAUGGAGAUGUCUGCUCAUGUCAUCUCCAUCGACAGUGACGAAAACAUAAUUUUUGUGGGAUUCAAAACAUUUGAGGAGAUAUGGAAGUUCUCCACAUACUGGGCAACAGGUUUCCUAGGCCAUUGUAUGGAGAACUUGUUGUUUGACGAGAAGUUCUGGCUCAGUUCUUUGGAGGAGAACUUUGCUAUCGAGGUUUCCAUUCAGGAGGAAACACUUAACCUUAUCUACAAAGGCAUCCUCAUGCAAGAGGGUUCAUUGUUUGCUAGUUGUAGUGCCGACCAAAUUUUUGACAGCUGUACCUCUGGAAGAGACCUGUACCUGGAGCAGGGAGACAUAGCGCACUUUGAGCCUCCCUUCCUGGGCUCAGGUUGGACUGUCCUCAGCCUAUCUGACGGAGCAAGGGGUUCUGCUCCUACACCCGCUCUGGAGCCAGUUAUUCCUUUUCAUCAAUGGGUUCUCAAAUCCUGUGCUGAGAGCAUUUUAGUUGGAGGUGGGAAACCUACCUGUGACUUCCCUCUGCAGUUUGCCAGAGGAAGCUGCCUGGCCACUGUGGAGUAUGAUGCUGAAAGCCCAGAGGAGCUGAGUAUCGCACCAGGUGAUCGCAUCAUCAUUGUGGGACUCCUGGUGUCUUGUUUCGACUGGUUUACAGGGAGGAAGGAAGUGACAGGAGAAGUGGGUCUGGUCAAGACAAGCCUAGUGAAACCGUCCACUGACAUUCAUGACCAAGCAAAUGUUUUUGAAGAAGAGGAAUGGAUCUUCAGUCUGCAAGAGGACAAAGUCAUAGAGGAAGCAAUUGCCUUAUUGAAGAAGAAAUCUCAAAAUGAUGCUGGCCAUAACUAUAUACUAGAUAUUUACAGUUCCCAAGACUCUGAAAAGAAACCAUCACUCAGCUCUUCAUGUAAAAUUGAUACUCCCCAGACUGACCUGAAAAAAAACAUGCAGGGGUUUCUUGAUCAAGGAAAAGACUCAUCAGAUUUAAUUGUGACCAUGAAGGGGACUUUAGAGGACUUGUUCAUGCCCACAGAGGCAAAAGACCCAAGCCCUCCCUGUUUUACUGUUUACCCAACUGUAGAGGGAAACAUCAACAAUGAGAACUUUGUUCCUCUCUUCUCUUUUUUGGACGGACAAGAAUGCAAAGCAGAGUUUGGCGUCCUGUAUGGACUGAGUUCAGAACUCCUCACUUCCACUACCUUCUCUGGUCACUCUGACGAGGAAGAGCUGAUUGCUUUUCUGGGUCUUGCCAGGGAAGCAGCCAUGAAGAAGCAACUCGUUUGGCCACAGACCCGUUUGUGCUUCCUGCUAGGUAAGCUCUGUGCUGCAAAGUCAAACUUCAUCCAAGCUCGGAUUUACUUUGAGAAGGCCCUUAGUGUUCUGCAAGAAAGCUUCAGCGACUUCAAACUCUUGGCCAGCAUCUACUCCAACCUGGCUGCCAUAUAUCUUUUAGAGAAAAAUACUGAAAGUUUCUUUGCAGUGAUGGAGCGACUUGCUGCGUUGUUAUUGGGAAUCCCAGACUGCCUUGAAAGCUUAGAAGACAACUCUGUUCUUAAAUACAUCCUCAAGAAAGCUGUUCUCUCUCGCAACAAAACGGCGGAGGCCAGGGCUUGUUAUCUACUGGCAAAGCACUACUGGACUGACAGGGCUGAAAGGGCUCAAGCUGUCCCUUAUAUUGAGAGACUACUUGUGCUUUCUGCUGAAGCUCAAAGACCUUGGAAAAUCUCUCUCAGUCAUGGAUACUUGACCCUGGCAUGGCUUUACAGUGAACUCUGCCUUUACCACCUCAGUGUCAGUUCAGCCAGGAGAGCUUCUCUACAGCCAUGUGCCAGACUGAGCAACUGUCUUAUCAGCAUGGUCCUGGUCCUGGACAAUGGUAACAAACUGUGUGGGAUCACAGAACAGAAAGCCUCCAUCGCGCCUCAAGUGGCUCCGUUUUUACACCUCUCUUUUACCAAGGUCCAAGAAGGAGGAAGAACCCAAUGCCAUGUUUUGCGCCAUCAACUUGCUCUUUGUCUCUGCCAACUAUUUUACAAGCACAAAAUGGUUGAGCAUGCGAUCCACCAAAUGCAUAUGCUCAUCAACAACAGUCCACCUUUAAAGGAAGUCCCCAUCUAUUUGCCAGAAAGAAACAGUGCCCUUAUCUGGCUGGCAUGGCUUCACAUUGAGAACAACCAGCCUGAUGUUGCAUUGGACAUACUAGACUCAGUCCUGUCCACCAUGCCAGAACACUGCACAACUCCUCAGGAAGGUGUGGUCCUCAACAUGCGUGGUGUGGUACUUCGAUACAUGGGUGACCUCCAGAGGGCAGCAGAGAGCUACCAGGCAGCUGUUGACAUCUGCGAAGAGUAUGAGGAUCUGUCAAACUGGGCUGUAGCUCAGGCUAACCUAGGGCUGUUGUGGCUGAACGUUGGAGCAAAAGGACUGGCACAGAGGCACCUGACUGAGGCUGUUCAGCUCUUCUCAGAGCUGGAUAAAGGUCAUGAGGCAAACUUUAUUAUAGUGCUGCUCGAGCUGGGGCAGCACUAUUUGAAGCAGCAGCAGAUAUACUACGGAAAAGGAUGCUAUGAGUGGGCUUUGUUGCUGGCUAUCAAUGCCAACCUGUUAGACUGUCAGCUCACCGCAACCCGAAACCUGUGCAAUCUGUAUAGGUUCGAGACUCCACACCAGGCUCAGUGUAUCAUCUACAGCGAGCACCAGGUCCAGCUGCUGAGACGCAAAGGAGACAGAGAACAGGAGGGAGAUGCACUGGAGGCAAUCAACCAUCUCUACAUCAUUCUUGGCACAGACAGGGCGUACCGAGCAGCGCUUGACUAUACCAAGAGCAGUCUGGGUAUUUUCAUUGACCUGGGCUGCAGGGAGAAGGAGGCAUUUGCCUGGUUGCAGGCUGGGAAGAUAUACCAUCUGCUGGGCCAGACUGAACUGGUGGACCUUUAUGUUGAGGUAGCUCAGGGUGUCGCCAUGAAAACCGGAAAUAACAUUUUCAUCCUCAAGCUUCUGGAGGCUGCAGGUGACAUUUUCUUCAACAGCUGCCAGGAUAGGGACAAGGCUAUCACCUUCUACAAGGACCGUGCUCUGCCAAUCGCAGUGACGUGCAACAGUAUUCAUACCAGACUGAGAUUGUGUAAUAAGCUGACUGAAGUGAUGUUCAGUCUCAAGCUGUAUGGGGCAGCUGUUGAGUUUGCUCAGACUGCACUGGACAUCAGCAUUUCUCAGGGUGUGCAUCUGAAUGAGCGAGUGGCCUACCACCGCCUGGCCUCUCUCUACCACUGUCUGAAGCAGUAUGAACUGGCUGAACACUAUUAUCUGAAGACCCUGACCCAGUGUCCAACACCUCUGCAGUUUGAUGAGGAAACACUAUACUAUGUCAAAGUCUACCGGGCACUAGGGGACAUCCUCUUCUAUGACCUUAAGGACCCAUUUGAUGCUGCAGGCUACUACCACUUGGCUCUGGCAGCAGCCAUGGAUCUGGGCAACAAGCGGUCUCAGCUGGAGCUCUGCACACGCCUCGCCACUAUCUACCACAAUUUCCUCAUAGACAGGGAGUUGUCUCUCUUUUUUUACCAGACUGCAAGAGGACUCGCAGCAGAGCUGAAUGUGAGGAGGAUUGAUAUUUCACCUGAUAAGCAUUAUAGCAGCAUCUCACAGUACAAGACCACUGGAAAAGACCACAAGAUAAACUAGAUUUUUGCUGGAUGCCUGAGGAAGUAAGAUCUCAGCCGAUGGCUCUGAUUUUGGUUUUAAAGAAUCUGAUUUGAUGAGAUGCCCUGCAUCAAGUUUACAGCACUGAUCACAAAGGAAUUUACAUUUUAAGACCCUCCAUGGAGAUGACGAAGAUAAGGUUGGCCAAAUUGUCCAUUUGAUUUUGUUGACUGCAUUGUACUGUAUGCCCAAGAUUCAACAUUAGUGUCUGGUGAGGUCAUCAUUCAUCCAUAAUAAAGAAAAAUGGUCAAUGUGAUAACCAGAAAAUAAUUAAAGCACCUGUUAUCCACUUCAAACUGUUAAGAUCAAGAUGGAAAUGAUGGUGUAAAAACUAAUGUGAUGUUAAGAGAUCACUGAUUUUGGAAGCUUGUAUUUGUUGCUCCUGGGACUGGGAUCACUUUAUUAUAUAUAUAUAUAUUUUAAAUACAAUGAAUCUAUUGCAUUAUACUCAGUGGACUACAGUUGGUAAAUAUUGAAUCAAGUAAUUAGUGUGGUGAGAGAUUCUAGCCCAUCCAGCCCAGGUGAAGACUCGUCUCCCACAAAUUAAAAAAAACGAGGAAAAAGGCAGUAAAUAGAAAAUGUAGUUCAGCCUCAAAAUACCAACUGUAGUUUGAGUCGUAAUGUGCCAAAUAUUCAGUAGAGACACUGCAAAAGAAAGAAUAGAUAGGAUAGAUAAAUAUGUGCUGUCUGCAUCCCUGUAUUAUACUCCGAAACUGCCUUUUCCUGCUGAACAAGGAGCCCUGUGUCUCCUCCAGUGACAGACUAUUUCAAAUAAACACACCCACGACUGGCUGAGAAACAUA